AGAGCUUGGCAAUCAUGACGAUGAACAAGAUGGGAAAAAAGGAAUCGCGCAUCAUUAAAACACCCCCCGAAAAAAAAAGAAUCAAACCAUUUGAGCAGCCUUCUUCACCAGUCCUAGAAGAGCCAGAACCUGUGAGCUGUGUACUGCAAGGAGAUGAAAUCCAGGCUCUUGCGAUAAAGCCAGAACAUUUGGCAAAGCUUCGGGCUGAAAAACCUGCACAAGAAGAGAAAGAGAAACCUGUUAUUAUCAAGAAAUACCUUAUACGCAAAUCCAGGCCACAAGAAAUUGGGAAAAAAGCUAAUUUACUGGUUGCUUAUCCAGCUCUUCCAGAUGAAUCAAAGAAAAUACUGAAUUAUUCUGGUGUAGAAGGACCAAUAGUUGAUACCUUUGGCUAUAUCACCCCAUAUAGCAUUUUAGGAACUCUCCAGGAAUUCAAGAAAGAAGCCAUAAAAAAAGGUCACUCUCAGCUAGUGCGAAUGAUUCCUGAGGAAUCACAGCUUUCUUGUGCAAUCUCAGUUUUUGGAACUUACAAAAAAAAACCGGAAGAAAAAAAGAAAGUAGCCCAGAGCCCUCCGUCUCAACACCGGGCCCUUCAGAACUGGCAGCGUAACAUGGCAAUCAGGAGGAAGCAACAAAAAAGGCUGUGUGAAUGUCUUCAGAAAUCAGAAAGUCAGUUGCUGAUGAACUUUUCAGAACAUUACAGGAGAAUCCAGGAACAGCGAACUUUAAUUGAUCGUAGUAUUCCAGCUAUGUAUUCGGGAAAGGGCUAUUCAGGGAAUGAGUUCUGGAAUCAGCCGGUGCACGUUGGGGAUGAAAUCAAGGGUCUAACCACAACUUUGGGUCAGACAGAUCUGGGAUUUCCAGAAGAGGUCACUCAUGUUGGGAAACCCCGUAGCAUCUGGAGAGAAAUGGGUACCAAUCCACCGAAAUAUCUCCCUUUUCAUCGGCCCUGGGAAAAAAGUCUCUUUCUGCAGCAUCGGAGAAAUGAGUUAAAGGAGGUUUUAGAAACGCUGGAUUUUCAUAGCCCGGAUCUGGAUGGGCUGGAAGUCAUAGGCAGAAAUCAACCUUUCACCAAUGUGUCAGCAGACAGUUUUUCGGCUUGUGAUGAUGCUGACAAUAAAGAAUCUUCUGAAGAAACAACCUCGGACCUAUUGGAUGAGUAUCCAGAUAUAUUUUUAGAACCAAUACUUGGUCCCUCUCUGAAGUUCUGUGGCCAACCAGCUCGUUGGAUCAAUACUUCUCAUGCGGGUGAAGUUGGCAUUGCAGCCAGGGUCACCUUUGAAAUUCUUGUAGGUGAUAAAGCUGAAUCUCUCCUCACAGUGAACAAUGAUGGCACCACAGCCAUCUGGUAUGACUGGCGGAGGCUCCCUCCCCCUUUUACUUUUCAGGAGAAAAUAACAAGAGGGAUACAGAAUUUUUACUUUAAUACUAGAUCAGGUGUGAUUCUACCUGGAGAAACCAUAAAUUUUUCCUUCAUCUUUAAAUCAUUGAGUGGAGGCAUUUUUAAUGAGUCUUGGGAGUUUAGUACUCAUCCUGAGUUAUUAGGAGGAGCUAUGCUACAAGUGACUCUUUGGGGAAUUGCACUUUAUGAAGAUACUACAGUUAAACUCAGGGAGGAUCUGGAGAAAGACUUAGAGGCUCGAGAAAUUGCUGUUAUAGUAGAAGAAAAUCUAGAAGAGUUACUUAAUCGGAUUCGAACACCAGCACGAGUAAGAUCCCCAGUUGAUGCUUAUGUCACUGAAGAAGAAUUAUUUCACAGAAAGAAUCCAGAGCUGCAUUACAAUCACCAAGUUGUAAAGGGGCUUCGUGAAUUGUGGAACAGAGUUAUGAAUCCUCAACCUGUAGAAGUGUAUGUAGAAGAAGAACAGAGAAAAAGCAUUGUCAGUGAGACUUCUCCAUCCAAGAGUACUGCAGACUCUCAGAAGAGUCCUGAGGAUAUCCGCAAGAGUCUUUCCUCGCCUACUUUCAUAACAAAGAGCCUUGGGCUGGAAGAACUGGUCGAUCAACCGAGUAGGACUGACACAGAAGAGGGGGCCCAAGUAGAGGAGCGAACCCAUGUGGAGUGGAACCUUUCUGUUGCCGAUUUUAGGCAGACGUUGCUGACAGUCCCUGAAGAAGAAGAACGGGAAGUUGCCCUAGCUCAGCUCAAUAAAGCAGCACUGGAACUUUGUAUUACUCCCCUGACAACUCAGGAAGAUCUCCUCUACCCGAUAUGUUUCCAGUUGUGGAGGGAAGUAAUUGAUGGGAUGGUGAACUGCUCAUUAGUGCUCAGGUCUCUGCUUGGUAUGCCCGAGAAAGACACUUAUGUUGAAACUGCUGCAGAAGAACUAGGUAAAAAUUAUUUUGCUUAUUUUCCAGCUGUUGCAAAGGCUGUCAAAGAAGAUCGGAAAGUUCAGAAAGAUGAUAAGAAAACUGCUUUGAAGGAAAAGGAAAAAGGAAAGGCAACCAAAGAGCAAGAACGCACAAAUAGCCGAAAAGGCAAGGGAAAAGAAGAGAAGAAAGUAAGGACUCUCACAAAGGAAAUAAAGGAUGGUAUCUCUUUUUCAAUUGAAUCUUCAGAAGUAGAACUACAGUUACGCCGAGAACAAAUCGAUCCAAUUGUGCAGGAAAAAUACCGUGAAAAACUCUACAUUGAAGUUUAUGGACUGCUGAAUUCAAUGGUGAACAAAAUGGUUUUCCUCUUUGAGACAGUAAAAAAGAAUGCUCUAGAGAAGAAUAAAGCAUCCUUUGUCUAAAUUGUAAUUUUAUAACAAAAUAAAUUACAUUUGUGCACACAUAUAAAAAGUAUCAAAGAAGUUUUAUUUAUGAAAGAAUAGAGAUUAAUUGUGUCUCUCCUGCAGGCUUUUGUAUAGACAAAUACAUCUCAAUACAGUUUAAGUUCUCUUGCCAGCUGAGAAAUAUUAACCAGGUAUAUGAAGUCAAAAUUUUACAAUAUUGAUGGUAUAUGGAGGUGAUCUUUGGUAACCACAUUGGCCCAGUGUGGUUUAAGAGCUGUGCAAGUGAGUGGAAUUGAUUUAUCCAUCUAUAUACUUUUCUCAUUCUCUCUCCUCUCCUCCCUUCCCCGCUUCUCAUGAGGUUAAGCCCUCUAUUCAGUAGUCCUUAUCAAAUUCACAGUUGUUCCACUUCUGUUAUCAGCAACAGAAAUAUCAUUGUCACCAAGGAGCAGUGAGAUAUGGGAACAGAGACUUAAACUGCUUCACUGUCUUUAUUAAGCUUGGUAUUUUCCUGUUCUGACUCCAUUCAGAAACAAUCUGUUCCUGGCUGCCCACCUAAUGGCUGAACUGCUGGAUGAUGGAGAAAAAGUAAGUAGAGUGAUGAUAGACCACAAAGAGAGCAAUUGAGGGCCAUAUGUGGUCUACAGCUUGCCCAUAUGUGUUGAAUGGGAGUAUCUAGUUCCUACCAUCACCAUCACAUGACUGACUGUAAGGGUACUUUAUUAUUUUUAUUUGGAUUGAUUAUUGGGUGCUUACCAGACAAAU